CACUCUAGUCAUGGCGGCACCCCAAGAGGCUGCGGGCAGCGGGGCACUGGAAACGUGUGGUCUGGAGCGGAUUUUGGAGGCGCUGAAGCUGCUGCUGAGCCCGGGAGGAUCGGGCUCAAGUUCGCUGCAGAUUACAAAACAUGACGUCCUGUUGGCUACUUUAAAAUCUAACCUGUCGGCUUUGGAGGACAAGUUUCUGAAGGAUCCCCACUGGAAGAAAUUGAAACUCCUAAGGGAUGAAAUUGCUAAUAAGGCAGACUGGCCACAAGACUCUAUGGAUAUCACCUGGAGUUUUACCUCCCAAACUUUACUAUUGCUGUUGUGUUUGAAGGAAUCCAUGAUCCACCUUGCAGCUGAUUUCAAUCCAGGCAAACCCAACCCGAGGACUCCAGAAGCUGCUCCUGCCCUGAGCCCGGAUACACUUAGCAUCUCCCAGCAGAAGACUGUGCAGUCAGUUUUGCAGUUUGUCGUUACCCUGGGUGUCUGCCCCUAUCUUGUGCCUGGUGUUGGAGUCCCUUUGAGAUACAGGACAGACUUUGGUGCUGUUGUUCAGGACGUGGUGUGUCUCGAUGCUGCCCCCAGUGCAACCCGGAGACUGUACACCAGCUGCAGGGUCCUCCUCAGUGUCGCUCAGCACGCAUCUCUGGGGAGCUUGAUUUUCUGCCGCCAUUUUGGGGAUAUUGCAGCAGGUCUGUGCCAGCUGGGAUUCUGCCCAACCAAGAGGAAACCACCAAAUCCUGAGGAAGAGGUGUUAACUGAAGAGGAAAGAGCCCUAUCUAGGGAGGCCCUGAGAGACACCUUGGAUCAAGUGUAUCAACCGUUAGCAAUCCGAGAAUUACUUAUCCUCCAGGGAGGACCACCCCAGUCCUGCGCAGAUGGGAAGACCCAGGUCAGGGGUCGGGCCCCAGCUUGGCUCCGGCGCCUAUGUGGGGAGCUCCUCUCUGAAAGGCUGAUGAGACCAAGUGGUGUUCAGGCAGUAGUCCGGGGCAUUUUGGAAGGAGCAGGUGCUGGGGCGGCUGGUGGGAGUGAUGCUGAAGCCACAGCUGCUGACUGGAAGAAGUGUGAUUUGAUUGCAAAGAUUUUGGCCUCUUGUCCCCAGCAGUCUCUUUCACCAGAGGAUUAUUAUAGAGAUAUCUGCCCCCAGAUUUUGGAUUUAUUUCACUUUCAAGAUAAGUUGACAGCGCGACAGUUUCAGAGAGUUGCUACCACUACCUUUAUAACCAUGUCAAGAGAACGCCCACAACUGGCAGCAAAGUAUCUCCUUCAGCCGGUGUUAGCGCCUCUUCAUCAGUGUUUAAAUACAGCAGAGAUUCCAGAAAGCAACAUGGUGCCAGGGACCAUUUUGGUGACAGAAGAAGAACUUAGUAGAUGUAUUGAGGAUGUAUUUAAGGUGUACGUGGUCGGGAAUGAACCUUUACCAGUUUUGGUGGAUUCCCUGCUUCCUGUCCUGGGAGUGAUCUUCUCUCUUUACUGUUUUACCAAGCAGAGUGUGUCUCAUACAAGGUCACUUUGCCAAGAGAUCUUAUUAUGGAUUCUGGGGAAACUGGAGAGGAAGAAGGCAAUUGCUAGCCUGAAAGGAUUUGCAGGCUUGGACAAAUCUGUACCCUCUCUCCAUUCCCUGUGCCACUUUAGAGUGGCCAGUCAAGGUGGCAUUAUGAUCACCAUCAAAGAGGCCAUUUGUGAUGAAGAUGAAGAUGAAGCCCUGUACCAGAAGGUGUCCUCAGAGCAGUGCCAGGUAGAGCACCUCGGGGACUUGCUGUCCCACUGCCAGGAGUGUGGUUUGGCAGGUGACUUCUUCAUCUUCUGCUUGAAGGAGUUGACUCUCAUGGCUGUGGAAAAUGAAGCAGAGUUAAAAACAAAGCCUUUCUCCAGCAGAAGCCUCUUGGAGUUAGAGCAGCACCAAACUCUCCUUGUGGAAGGCCAGGAGUGGAAGCUGCUGGUCCUCCAGUUGAUGGCUGUUCUGUGCGAGAAAAUGUCUGAGCAGAUUUUCACAAACAUCACUCAGGUCGUGGACUUUGUAGCAGCAACCCUGCAGCGAGCAUGUGCAAACCUGGCCCAUCAGGCAGAGAGUACUGUGGAAUCACAGACACUGAGCAUGUCCAUGGGACUGGUGGCCGUCAUGCUGGGAGGAGCCGUGCAGUUAAAGUCAAGUGAUUUUGCUGUCCUGAAGCAACUGCUGCCUCUGUUGGAGAAGGUCUCCAGCACAUACCCUGAUCCUGUCAUCCAGGAGCUUGCCGCCGAUCUCCUCAUCACCAUCUCUACCCAUGGAGCCUUUUCCACUGAAGCUGUCAGUGUGGCUGCCCAGGGUACCCUGAACAAAAAGGAUCCAGAAGGAAGAAGAGAAGAGCAGCAAGAAACCAGUCACAGAAGAUGCAGCGAUGUGUCUCAUAGCCUCCUCGAACAACGGCAAAGCCGGGACGAAUCCAACCAAACAGGCCUGAAACCUAAUGCUCCACUGGUUCCUCAGGAGGACCGUGAGCCCAGUACCACUACAAAGCAAAAUUCUGGAAGCAUAAACACAGAACAGCUCCAGGAAGCUCUUUUAUCAGCUUAUGAUCCCCAAAUUCCAACACGGGCUGCUGCCCUGCGAACUCUUUCCCGCUGGAUAGAGCAGAGAGAAGCAAAAGCCCUUGAGAUGCAGGAGAAGCUUCUCAAGGUAUUCUUGGAGAACUUGGAGCAUGAGGACACCUUUGUUUAUCUGUCUGCUAUUCAGGGGGUUGCUCUACUCUCAGAUGUGUACCCUGAGAAAAUCUUGCUUGGCCUGUUGGCUCAGUAUGACAGUGGGGAAGACAAGCACACACCGGAGACCAGAAUGAAAGUCGGGGAAGUCCUGAUGCGAAUUGUCAGGGCAUUAGGGGACAUGGUCUCAAAGUACCGAGAGCCUUUGAUCCACACCUUCCUGAGGGGAGCAAGAGAUCCAGAUAGUGCUCACCGGGCCAGCAGCUUAUCCAACCUUGGAGAACUGUGCCAGAGGCUGGACUUCCUGCUGGGCUCUGUGGUUCAUGAGGUAACAGCUUGCCUGAUUGCUGUGGCUAAAACAGACCAUGAAGUUCAAGUGCGCCGAGCUGCCAUCCAUGUGAUUGUGCUGCUGCUUCGGGGACUCAGCCAGAAAGCUACUGAGGUGCUGAGGGACGUCCUCCAGGAUCUCUACCACCUGCUGAAGCAUGUGGUGCGUCUGGAGCCCGAUGACGUGGCCAAGCUCCAUGCCCAGCUAGCCCUGGAAGAGCUGGAUGAGAUAAUGAGAAACUUUCUGUUCCCACCGCAGAAGUUGGAGAAAAAGAUCACGGUCCUGCCAUAGAGGAGGCCCCAAGGACAUGGAGGAGGCAGAGGAACCAAGCAACCAGAGCAGUGCCCACGCCUUCCAGCAGGUGGCCCCACUGCCUCUUUGGUGCUGGUAAUAUGGCUGCCCCCGGAGGUGGCUUUAUGUCUCUGGUCAUGUGUGUCUUCAGGCUGACCUCCCUAAAGCAUCUGUGUAGCCAGUCUGCAUCCAGCCUGAAGUGGGUGCAGUAAGAGAAAAAUGAGUACAGACCCCAUUAAUCUGCACAUUUUUCACUGUCCUGUAGCAUUUAGAGAAGGAUUUCUACCUGAUGGAAGUAUAUUUUUACAACCGAUGGAAUUUGAUUGACCAUUCUCUUCUUGCAACUUGAGUAGAAGAGGCUGGCCACCCGUCUGUCAUAUAUCUUGAUAUUCUUUCACAGUGAGGUUGUCCCUCUUGUGAUGAGGAACAGCCAGGGCUAGUCAUCCUUGGCCACUCAAGAGCCUGUCAGGGACGGAGAUGCAGUUGGAGGUAGAGAGGGAAAGAAAUCGUUAUCAAAACAUGCAAAAAUGGAAUAAAAUUAUCUUGGCUGUAAAGAAUAACAGGUCUGAAUCUGGUCCUCUGCCAUUGAGAUGGAAAGCUAUGGCGCUGAGGAGGAUUUGAGCUCCAGAAAAAAGGAUCAAGCUGGUUGACUCAUCCAGAGAAGAAGGGUAAGCACUGUGUUUGUCCUCCCUGGCCAUUUUGUUUCACUCCCUCUGCUACUGUCUGCCCAGCGCUGCCUCGAUUAUAGGAGAAAAGAGCCACAAGCAUCUCUGAUGAGAGAGUUUGAAUCCUGCCUUCGGUCCUCUGCUCCCAUAGACAGAGGAGUGCUUAGACAGUGUGUUUGUGCUGAAUGCCUGCUGGAAAGUGCGUCGCAUAUUGGUGACCUGAUGCCAGGUUUUUUGAAGUCAUUUCACAUGUAGCACUCACUGUGGAUGCCUUUUUAUCUAUUUAUAUAUUUUGGCCACUGAAUUUUGAUUGCAGCUAAAAGAGGAGACAGAAAGGAGAAAAUGACUGACUGCUUCAGACAAGCCCUCCCCGUCGUCAGCAUCUUGGUGAGGCUAACCUGGACUCCUUAACCAGUCCUCAGCUCUGCAGGGCUGAAUUUUGUCACAGUACUUUACCCCCACUCUCUGGUGACCAGGCCCACCGGAACCAAAACACAAUUUCCCCAAACUCUCAGGUGACUGACGGAUCUGUCUACAAGCAGGCCCACUUGCCAGUUAACAGCAGGCUGUUUUCCUCUGGCCAGAUUACAGACACAGCCCUUAGCUUAGAACCUUUGUGGUGGGCAUCCUGUUAAAGAGGCCAACUCACAGAUAGUUGUGUCCCACAGGUUGGCCUAGUGAGCAGAGAAUUAGAACAAAGGCAGUUAGGAAUAUUUCUAUUCUGCUAAGGUACCUGGAUUAACCUCCAUUCUUCAAAUCAAGGGUGUCUAGAAAAAUCAGGAUUGGGUUUUCAAAUCAGAGGAGACUCUCUUUUGGACCAGCUGGAUAUACACUAGAAAUUCUUGUUCCUUGGACUUCUUCUAACUAGACUGCAUACAGCCCACUUAAGAUAAUCAGAUUGGAUCUAUUAGAGAAUUGGCUUAACUUACAACAGUAUUUGCAUUAAAUGCUUUCCAGUUUUGAGAACAUAUCCUAGUUGAUCAGCUUGAUGAGACUGAGAAACUCUCUGGUCGAAAAACCUAGUCUAGAGAUUGCCUCACCAAGCAUCCUAGUCCUUUAUCUCCUCUUAAUAAAUUGCCUCUUAAUUUGGAUUAUUUGGCAAGUGGCUAAAAGUGUUCUUUAUCGAUUUUGAUGGAAUCAAUUUCAGAGAGUAAUUUUUUCUGACCUUGUUACCAAAUUCAAGGGGAAGAUACCUUACUGAACCCUUCUAAACACCAAAUAUGACAAAAAUAUUCAAAGUUUUCAAAUUGUUAAACAAUUCUUCCAUGUUUAGAUAUAUAGAUAUAUCAAUAUCUAUAGCUAUAUACCUCCAUCCUUGGGAA